AUGAUCGAAUCUUUGCGUGACAAGAUUCGAAAUUUGCAAGCCUUUUUGGAGGAUUCUCAAAACAACAACAUCAGCAAGAUGACAAGGAGAGCCUUGGAGUCAGAGAUUGGAGGGGUGGCUCGUGAUGCAGAAGACAAGAUCGAAUCGGAAUUACAAAAUCUCAUUAUGAGCAAAAACAGCAAAAUUACACCUCCUAAGAAGGCUGAGAGUCUUUAUAAGACCUUGAAACAAGUGAACCGAAAUAUUACAUCAAUUGAAGGGAGAAUUCAGAUUGAGAGCAAAAACAACCAUUCUGCUCCAGAGCCGCAAAGAAUAGAGAAUAUCAAAGUUGGUAGUUUCUCUAAACGUUCUUCAGAGCCUACCGAGGUUAAUGUAAUGGUAGGAUGUGACGAUCAAUUUGAUACCAUAGUGUCCAAGCUCACUUCACUAUCAAAACAACUACAAGUCGUUGUGGGAAUGGGAGGCAUAGGCAAGACUACUUUGAUUAAAAAAGUCUACGAAGAUGCAGCAAUUGUUAGUUAUUUUGAUGUCCGAGCAUGGGCUACAGUAUCUCAACAGCAUAACCUUAGAGAAAUGCUCAUUGGCCUUCUCGGUUCUGAUGUUACCAAUGGAGUAGACAACAAUCAUCUUGCAAAUCAACUACGUCAAAAGUUGAUGGGUCAGAAGUACUUAAUUGUUAUGGAUGAUAUAUGGGAAACCGAGGCAUGGGAUGACAUCCAUAGAUGUUUUCCAGAAGAUUUCAAUGGAAGUCGAAUAUUGUUGACAACACGGCUCAAACAAAUAGCUGACUAUUCUGCAGGCUCAGGUAACAAUAAUCUUCAUUACAUGCAGUUCUUAAAUCCCCAUGAAAGUUGGAGUUUAUUUUACAAGAAAGUAUUUGAGGAAAAAAAUUUUCCCAUUGAAUUUGAAACAAUCGCUAGAGGUAUUGCUGAAAAAUGCCAAGGAUUACCUCUAACAAUUGUUGUGGUUGCUGGGCUUCUCACCUCAUUCAAUGAGCCAUCACCAACCCAGUGGGAGAAUAUUGCUGAAAAUUUGAAUUCAUUUCUUAACACAAAUCAAGAAGAAAAAUGUUCAAAAAUACUUUCACUAAGUUAUGACCACUUACCUCUGCACUUGAAAGUUUGUUUCCUAUAUUUUGGUGUUUUCCCUGAAGAUAGUAUGAUUUGUGUGAAAAAAUUGAUUAUGCUAUGGGUUGCGGAAGGGUUCUUAAAGUUAGAGAGGAGUGAAAUCAUGGAACAAAUAUGCGAGACUUACUUGCAAGAUCUUGUAGAUAGAGGCCUAUAUUGUAAGCUCCAUGACUUGUUGCAUAACUUUUGCAUGGAAGUUGCACGGAGGGAAAAGCUUUUGAAUGUUAUAAAUGAAAAUAAUGUUGAGGUGGCUAGAGUUCAAAAUCUUGGAUACGAAAGCUUGGAGCCAAAACUGGCAUGCUCAUGUCGACAGGUUUGGAUAAAAAAGCUUGCCGAAUUUCGUUCCAUUCUAUAUUUUCCUAAGGCUUCUGGAUUAUUGGCCAAUUACUCCUCCCAAACAUUUCCCUCCUAUCCUAAAUUGUUAAGGGUGUUGGACUUAAGUCUAUGUGAUUUGGUUGACAUACCAAGUGAAAUAGUGAAUCUCAUUUGUUUGAGAUACUUAGCCCUGAGAACUAAUGCACCCCUUAAAGAUUACAAAUGGUAUAAGCUUCUAAAUUUGCAGACCUUCAUUGUUGAAACCAUUGGACCUAAUGCUCCAGGGGAGGGUUGGAAGUCACCAUCUCAUAUGUUGGACAAUAUGCUACAUCUAAGGCAUGUUAUGUUCAGUAAAUCAUCCCUAUAUCUUCCACGCCAAGAUCAAACAACUCUGCAAACUAUAUCUUGCUUAUAUUACCGUCCUGAGCCUUGGCCAAGCAUUCAAAACUUCACAAAUAUUCCAAAUGUGAAGAAACUUGGGAUUUACAUUGACAUCACCCCUGUUUCGGAUCCUAAGCUUUCACCUAAGGAUGCUUCACAUCAGCAUAGUUCACUUAAUGAUCUUGUCGAUUUGCAAUGGUUGGAGAACUUGAAAAUUGAUGUGCCAGAAAUAAUUCCUUUUCAGGAUGUCUUCAGACUUCCGACAUCUUUUCCAUCAAACCUCAAGAAGUUGACACUUCAAGGGACAUGCCUUCCAUGGGAUGACAUGGCCAUUAUUGCCACAUUGCCUAACCUUGAGGCUCUAAAAUUGAAACAUAAAGCCUUCUGUGGCUCGGAGUGGAAAACAACGGAGAAUGGGUUUUGCAAAUUAAAGUACUUGAAAAUUGCAGUGUUAGAUUUCGAGCAUUGGAGUGCUUAUUUUCCAGUUCUUGAAUGCCUAAUACUUGAUUUCUGUAGGAAAUUGAAAAAAUUUCCUACUGAAUUUGCUGAUAUUACAACAUUG